AUGGCGAGUCAUAGAAUUGAAGAGUCUGCUUUAUCAGAUUUGGGUCAUAUCCCUUAUGCAGUUCCUCAUAUGAUUCAUCCUCCUACCGGGACCUUUAUAAAUCAAGGACCUGCUUUUGAUUUUGGAGAGCUGGAGGAGGCUAUUAUGCUGCAAGCAGUUAAUGAUACAAAACAACCUUUAUACCCAGGCAGACCAGCAGCAACUCUGGAAAUGUUCCCUUCUUGGCCUAUGAGGUUCCAUCAUACCCCAAGAGGAAGUUCAAAAUCAGGAGAAGAGAGUGCUGAUUCAGGAUCAGCAGUGCAUUCACUUUCAAGUAGAGGUGAGGGCAGCAGAUUGGAACCAGAGUCUCCUGUUGAUAGAAAAGGUGCUGCUUCAUCAGACCAUCAAGUGAUUGAUCAGAUGCAUCAUUAUCUACAGCUACCACAACAGGUAGAGAUGGCUAAUGCAAGUAAUAGCCCGAGAACACGAAUGUCUCAGCCUCAACCACUUGUCAAGCCAACCUCAGAAAAGUCAUUGAGACGUUUGGCUCAAAAUAGGGAAGCAGCAAAGAAGAGCAGGCUUAGAAAAAAGGCCUAUGUACAGCAGCUAGAAUCAAGUAGGGUAAGGCUCAGCCAGCUUGAGCAGGAUCUUCAAAGAGCACGUUCACAAGGAAUUUUCAUAGGAGGAAGUGGGGGUGCUGGUGGGAACAUUAGUUCUGGUGCUGCAAUAUUUGAUAUGGAAUAUGCAAGAUGGUUAGACGAUGAUCAUAGGCAUAUGAUAGAAAUUCGAACAGCAUUGCAAGCACAGUUGUCAGAUGCUGAUCUCAGGGUAAUAUUAGGUGGAUACAUGACACAUUAUGAUGAAAUUUUUCAUCUAAAAGGAGUUGCUGCUAAAUCUGAUGUCUUUCAUCUCAUAAACGGAACGUGGGCUACUCCGGCUGAACGUUGUUUUCUGUGGAUGGCCGGUUUUCGCCCCUCUGAACUCAUCAAGAUGUUAUCAGCACAAUUAGACCUCUUAACAGAGCAGCAACUUAUGGGGAUUUACAGCCUCCAACGGUCCACAGAGCAAGCAGAAGAGGCUCUCUCCCAGGGAUUGGAACAGCUACAACAAUCUUUAAACGAUACCAUAGCCGGUGGUUCCAUUAAUGAUAGCACGCACCAUAUCGCCAUUGCACUUGGCAAGCUUACAAAUCUUGAAGGUUUCGUCCGUCAGGCUGAUAAUUUAAGACAACGAACACUUCAUCAAUUGCACCGAGUAUUGACUGUUCGACAAGCAGCGCGAUGUUUUUUGGUGAUCGGGGAGUACUAUGGUCGAUUACGAGCCCUAAGUUCCUUAUGGGCAUCCCGUCCAAGAGAGGCCUUAAUCGGAGAUGAUAUUUCAUGCCAAACAACCACAAAUUUGCAGAUGGUACAUUCUUCUCAAAAUCAUUUAUCCAACUUCUAA